AUGCAAAGUCCUGAAGUCCUUAGUGAACUGCAAGACAGUAGUUCAUACUUAUACGGUAAAACUAUUUCUUUUUCGCAAUUGAUUUAUUUUAUAGGCUCAUCUAAUGGUUGUGAAAGAACCUCUUUUGCAUUUCUGCGACAAGAGCUUCCUGUGAGGUUUGCAAAUAUACUGAAAGAAAUUGAUCUUCUUCCUGAUAAACUACUAAGCACUCCAUCAGUAAAACUAGUAAAGAGCUGGUACAUCCAAAGCCUAAUGGAGCUGGUUGAAUUCCAUCAGAAAAACCCAGAUGACCAAAAAGUCUUACACGACUUUAUAGAAACAUUAAUUAGAGUCCGAAACAGACAUCAUGAUGUGGUUCCUGCAAUGGCGCAAGGAGUAAUUGAGUACAAAGAUACUUUUAAGGUAGAUCCGGUCACCAAUCAAAAUAUCCAGUACUUUUUGGAUCGUUUUUACAUGAGCCGUAUUUCUACCCGGAUGCUGAUGAACCAACACACCCUUCUUUUUGAUAACAACGCGGGCUCAGGUCACCCAAGGCACAUUGGGAGUAUUGAUCCAUGCUGUGAUGUUGUUGAAGUUGUGAAUGAUGCUUUUGAAAGUUCCAAGAUGCUAUGUGACCAGUAUUAUUUAACAUCUCCAGAACUGAAGCUUACUGAAGUGAAUGGAAAACUUCCAGGAGAGCCAAUUAACAUCGUGUAUGUUCCAUCUCAUCUCUUUCACAUGCUUUUUGAGCUCUUUAAGAAUUCAAUGAGGGCAACAGUUGAAUUUCAAGAAAACAGUCCUUCCCUUUCUCCUGUUGAAGUGACAGUUGUUCUUGGACAUGAAGACCUCGCAAUUAAGAUCUCUGACAGAGGAGGUGGUGUUCCAGUAAGGAAAAUUGAACAGCUGUUCAGCUAUAUGUAUUCUACAGCACCAAGGCCAAGGAUGGAUGAUGCUCGACAAACUCCUCUUGCUGGGUUUGGCUAUGGCUUGCCAAUAUCUCGUCUGUAUGCUAAAUACUUCCAAGGAGACCUAAAUCUCUACUCCAUACCUGGUUAUGGAACAGAUGCUAUUAUCUACUUGAAGGCACUAUCAACGGACUCAAUAGAAAAACUUCCCGUUUUUAACAAAUCUGCUUGUAAGCAUUAUCAAGCUACCUCAGAGGCAGAUGACUGGUGUGUCCCAAGUAAAGAUCCAAAGAACUUAUCAAGACAGAGUGCAGCUCUCUGAAGGGACAUUGGUGUACAAGGCGCUCAAGGGGAUCAAGCUGUUUUCUCAACAAGGACUAGUGUUUGGAAGUAUUUGUUCACUUUCAGACAGGCAAAUUUUUCAGUUUUGUGACUGACACAAGAGAAGGAAGAUCAGGCAUUUAUAACCUAGGCUGUAUGCAUUGAAUAUGAAAUCUUGCUGUGCACUUGAGGAUGAGGAAAAUAUGU